AUGCGGAAGGCUUCUUCUGAGCUGUACUCUGAAGCCUGCCCCGGCGCCACGGAGUCCCAAGAGACCGACUCCACGGCGACCCAGGAGCAGAAGAAGCAGCAGCCAAGGCGCCGCCGCCGCAGCCGCCGUGGGGACAGCUUCGCCACCUACUUCCCCAGGGUCCUGAGGCAGCUCCACGUGGGGCUCAGCCUGUCCCAAGAGUCCGUGAGCGUGAUCGAUUCGUUCAUUCACGACAUCCUGGAGCGCAUAGCCCUGGAGGCCGGCCGGCUGGCCCGCUACACCCAGCGCGCGACCAUCACGUCCAGAGAGAUCCAGACGGCCGUGCGCCUGCUGCUGCCCGGGGAAAUCGGCAAGCACGCCGUGUCCGAGGGCACCAUGGCCCUCAUUAGGUACACCACCCGCAAGUGA